AGUGAGAUUAUAAUCGUGGUUUUCUUGUGAUCUUCCAAAAACAUUUUAAAAAAUAAUCGUAGACCCAAAAAGCGAAAGAAGAUGAAGAAGUAAUUAGUUAUUGGUAUACGAAAUUAUGUAUAAAAACCUUAUAGGUGCUGGUCGAUGUCAUUUGAAAUAUUGAAAGUUUUUGAGUAGGCAUUUUAAAAUUACAGACCCAGCAGUUUAGACAAUUUGGUUAAAUUAAACAAAUUGCUUGCAAAAUGGCUCUUUAUUUGUGUAAUCGUUAUCGAUUAAUUGUGUUUGUUAUGUUGGCAUUGAUUAUAUGGCAAUGCUUUCGAUUGUUUUUACCAGAUAAAUCUAGAGGUAGUCCUCUAGAGUAUUCCGAUCGUAUUAUACUGGAGCUCGAAGAUGAUAAGUACAAUAAGCACAAACAAGACAAAAUAAAAAUAAAAGUGUACUAUGAAGCUCUCUGUCCUGACUCCAAGUUUUUCUUUAUAAAACAAUUAUGGCCAGUGACUGAAAAGUUAUCAGACUUCAUUGACGUAACUUUAGUUCCUUAUGGCAAGGCUAGUACCAAAGAGGAAAAUGGACAAUAUUACUUUUCCUGUCAGCAUGGUGAGGAAGAAUGUUAUGCGAAUAAAGUUCAUGCUUGUGCAAUUGAUUCAUUGGGCAACAUGACUAGUGCUGUCAAAAUUACUAAGUGUAUGAUAAGUGACAAUUUGGAUGCUGAUCUAGCUCUGUCUCGGUGUGCUAAAGAAAUGGGUAUUGCUCCAGAACCAAUAAAUAAUUGUGCUGUCCAUGCUCAUGGAUCUGCUUUACUGAAAAAACAUGGUGAUGACACUAAUAUUAUAAGACCAACAUUUAUUCCAACAAUCACAAUCAAUGGCUCAAAGGACAAUCAGGCAGCACUUUUGAAAAACUUCCAUUUACAGAUUUGCAAAAUAAUUGAUAUUCCAUUGCCUCCACCUUGCCUGUGAAAGCCAAUGGUGCGCAGAGAAAAAGUAAAAAAUUUUGCUCUUAAAAUCAGCAUAAUCUAUGUAAGAACUUAACACAAUUUUAAUUACACAAUAGAAAAGUGUGCUCAGGUAUGAAAAUUUUAUUUACAGACAAGUUUUUUUCGAUAUUCUAUCAAAAACUUAAUUUGUCUCAAAUAUUUAUCUGGUAAAAAUAUGUUGUUUAACUAACAAGCAACACAUUAAUGUAUUUAUCUUAUAUUAUGUGGACUUUUGCUAACUAUAAUUGUCUAUCAAUUUUAAAUAUCCUAAGUAGUUUGACUGUACAUAUUUAAAUUAUACCCAAUAAUGAUUUUUCAUAAAGUACACGGGUUAAACCUUCUAAGUAAAGAACUGGUUUCUUUAAUAUAUCAUUAUGAUACAUUUCAGAAUUAUUUACAUGUUUUAUAAAAUGUUGUGUAAAUCAUUUACUUAUUAUAUGUAUUAAGAUAGACUUAGCUAAAAUUAGUUCCUUGAAACAAGAAAGUAUUAAUCAAAUGUAGUGAAUAAACAAAUUACUAUGUUA